AUGUCACAGUCAGAAGCACCCGAAUGGCUUCCGCCAGAGCCAGGGCUUGAAGUGGUCCAGCCCGACACAACCGAAAAGAUUCCCGUGGCGCCAAAAAGAUCCGUUUUUGAGCGUUUGUUCAAGCAUCAGAAGAUAUGCGGUUCACGGAGACGCACGUUUUGCUGGAUCCUGCCCAACGGCGACGACAUCGUCACCUCAAGCGACAAGCACAUCGAGCAACAGGCCGACGCCGACCUUGACCGGGAUGCCGUCUUGUCCCAGUGCCAAUGGGACCACAUACACGGAUCCGGCGACCGAGAUUGA